AUGGGCGCUCUCUGUGUAAUUAUUUUAGCUUUGGUCUUUUUUGCAAAGUGCCAAUCUACCAUUAUUUCGAGGAAAUAUACCGCACAACUGCAAAUUGAUGAACAGAAUUUAAAUGAAGACCUUUUAGGGGAGCACGACUCUUCAUCAGUUAUAGUGUGUGCAGCGUGUUGCCAAAAGGAGUGUAGUUUUUAUGGGUUUAAUCCGCAGAAGAAGAAAUGUCGGACCCACACGAAGAUAAUUAAGUCGGGGAUGUUUACUGAGGCUGGCUGGAGAUACUACUCACUCAUUCCAAUAGACUGUAAGGACCUUCAAGCAGAUGGACAGUUAAAUUCAGGGGUGUAUGAAAUCUACCCCUAUGGAACCAUCACAAGUCCUGUCCAGGCAUACUGCGAUAUGACCAAAAUGGGCGGGGGAUGGACGGCAAUCCAAAAAAGAAUAACUGGAUCCCUGGAUUUUGACAGGAACUGGAGGGAAUAUAAAAACGGAUUUGGUUUACCAGAACAGGAGGUCUGGGUUGCUCGUUAA